CAUGACCAUGGAUGGGAUGGUCGAUGCUCAUGCAGCAAACGGUUCUUUAAGAUAAACCUUAACCUGCCACCCCAUCCUGUGCCUUUGGGUUUCUUCUUCCCCUUUCCUCUUCUGCUUCCCCGGGUUUCUGGGAAAUUCCGAAUUCUGUUUCUUUACCAAGAAUUUCUUCCAAGACAUUUUUGAUCUUCGUGAGAGAGCGACGCGCCGCAAGCUUGGCAGCUAUACCUUCCAUUCUCUAAUUUUCCGUCUUUAAUAUCGACUCUUCUUUCUUCUUCUCUCCUUCACUUCGACACCCAGGAUGUUGACCGUCCGCUCCCUCGUCGCCGCCCUCGCGGUGGUCCUCAGCUUGCUGAGCGUCGUCCACGGCGCGCCUCAGCCCCAAAACAGGAAAGGAAAUGGAAACCGAGGCGGGAACGGAAAUGGCCGCGCCAACAGCCAGACGUCGCAGCAGCAGGCCGCGGCAGUGCCCCAGGGCAUCUCACAAGCGACUGACGGAUCGAUGAUCCUGGACAUGACCGCGAACGUCAACGGCCUCGACCUCCGCUUCAAAAUCAGCGGCCCAGCCGAACAAUUCACCGCCGCCUCCGGCGUCCCCGGCGCCGCAGCCCAACCAGGUGCCCAGGGCACCCUCGGCCUCAACGUCCUCCUCCACGGCGACGGCGGCCAAUCCUUCUUCGACAUGCCCAACCAGGGCGUCCAAAAGAACCUCGCCGGCGUCGCCGUCCUCGCCCCGGACCCGAACCUCUUCUGGGGCGGCGGCCAGGGCCUCCAGCGCACCGACGGCGUAGCCCACUCCCAGGCCGUCAACGACCUCGUCCAGAAGACGCUGCCGCAGAUGAUGGCCUUUAACCAGUCCAACGUCUUCUUCACCGGCGUCUCGGGCGGGUCGCUGAUGUUGUCCGGCUUCUUCAUGCCCGCGCACAUGCAGAAUUUCGCGGGCAACGGUGUGCUGUUGAACUGUGGCGGUCUCCCGCCGCAGGUCGACGUCGUCGACGCCAAGGCUGUUGCGGGAACGAGAAUUCAUUUCCAGAGCACGCUGCAGGAACUCUCCAACCUGCAAGAGGCGAUCCCGGCGUCCGUCAAGGCGUACGAAAAGAUUGCGACGGAUGCCGGGCUCAGCACCGACCAGGUCAACGCCAAGCAGACGGUCAACAACUCGCCCAACGGCGGGCACUGCGCCUUCGACGAGCAGGGGUUCGUGUCGGGUAUUCAGCUUGUUGCGAACAACUACGCGGCCAUCAUGCAGGGCGGUAACGGCGAGGUGCAGGGGAUUGGUAAUGUCUUGACUGGUGUAACUGGCAAUGAGAACUUGCAGUUUACUGGGUCGAGCAGGAUGAGGCGGAACAUGAUCGGUUGAAAAGGACUGCGUCUAGUUCUGGCGGCCGUCUUGGGGAAAGCACAAUGUUGAUACCACGCCCUCUCAGGAAAGAUAUAUCAAAAAAUGAGAUUCAAUUUCAGCUGUUACUUUGCCGUCAAAAUGAGGAGGC